AUGUUUGUCAUUGUUCCCCUGUGCGAUGUCCCAUCCCGGGAAAAGAGCGACCGCGUUAGUCCAUUGCAAAUGUUACUCAAUCUGAUCUCGGAUGUCGCUAGCUUCACUAGGGAAAAGGAACUUGACUGCCUGUCCUACGGCUGGUUUCGGAGCGCGGGCGAUACUGACUCUGUGCCUCACCACUGGAUUCGCGGCCUAGAAGUAUACAAAUUCCCGGAGGCCAAUCGAAAGAUUCAUCGGGCUGGCAAAGCAUACCAAGCAUUUCGUGAGGGAGCCGUUGCUGAAGCCUUACUGAACGGCUAUCCCGAUGUGAGGUUCUGGAGCCCCAUUGCAGGUUUUAUGACUCGCGCCCCUGUAGACUUUGAGUCAAAAUCGCAACGAGCAUCGCCGUGGUAUAUUGGAAUUCAGGAUUUAGUUCCGCGAAAUGGCUCGAGAUCCCGUUUGCUAGAAGUGCUCCACUCGGUGGCCAAGGUAGCUGAAACCUCGCCUGGGGUUGAGAGCUUCUGGGUUCUAGAAAGGUCUGACAAGGAGGAUGGCGAUGAUCUGAUCUUGUUUUCUGCCUUUGUAUCAAAAGCCAAGUUUGACACUUUUGUAUUUUCGGAACAAGCUGCGGCUUGGAACGCUGUCAGAGAGUUAUGCCAAAAUACUACUACGACAACUUGGCUUGGUUCCGGAAUAGGAUUUGUCGGCAGGUAG